AUGUCUCUACGACCUCUACCAUCCCACACAUAUCCAAAUGAAACCCUUAUAUAUCAUGGUUACUUGGGCUGCUCUCCGCUAUACCCAACUGUCGCUGUCUCCAUCCGCACCCUUGCUACAUAUCGACAGUCUCAUCGCACUUGUCCCCGAUUCAGUAUUCAAGCUCAAUGUAAGGCUUUAUGCCAUCUUCACAAUAUUCCGUAUAGAUCAUAUCUCAACACGCAGUUUUCAGACGCUUACGACGUGUACCUCGAAAUCAUACAUCGUGUCGACUCCCUUAUCAAUGAAGCACUUGACUGCAAUACACCUAACUGGCGCCUUCUCAACUCCUGCCCUUGCUGUUUCUACAAAUUAGAGGAUGAGGACAAUCUCACCUUUGAGUGGCUAGUGACGAUCGACGGUAAUAAUAGCUUAAAACGAUGGUCAUUGUCGAUAGAUGGCAGCACCACACGAGGUGAUUUGCGCAAGUUCCGCACCGACUAUUGGCUUGACCGUACAAUUGUUGAUGGUUUCAAGGAUGAUGUGAGGGGACGACUAAAUACGGCGACAAAUAAUGAUGAUUGGCAAGACAUCGUGCCUCCAAAUGAAUCCUCACCUCCAUUCACUUGUGUUGACCGGUGGCGAAAUGCCGGUCCAGAACAACGUAAACGGAUGUUUGCCAUAUUCGAUGAAUCUGGGAUCUUUAUUGCUGCAUGCCGCCAUCGGUUUGUCCUUCUCGCUUGCGAUAUGGUCAAAAGCGGUGAACUCGCUAAAUAUCCUUUGGCCAUCAUUGAGCGCCUGCUAACAGUUUAUGGGCAAAAUGGUGCCUGCGCAUACGACAUCGGCUGCGCGUUUGCCAAGACACUGGCAAAUAGUACGUUAGGACAACGUGCUAGUUCCCUCAACUUGCGGAUGAUGGUAGGAGCAUUCCAUGGCCACGCCCAUAAUCGACGAUGCCAGUUAGACUGGCAUCCUAUGUAUAUUGAAGGCACUGGACAUACAGAGGGUGAGGGAUGCGAACAUGUAUUUUCCUCAUCAAACGAGCUCGCACGAAGCACUCGGCAUGCUAACCCCUUUCAUCGACAUCAAUCAAUCGAGCAGCAUUUCGCAUUUUGGGAUGAUGAUAAAUAUGCGGCCCUGAGUAUCUUUCUACGGAAUCACUAUCAAGAGGCCUUGGCAGAUAUUCGGACUCUAACAGCAGAACUCUCUGCCAUUAAAGAUGCUCUUAACCUCACUGACACUGACUUCACUCGUUUUCAUGCACAAGAGCGCAAAUAUCUCGAUGAGCUAAAACAGACACCGGUGAAGGAUCAUCUCAGUAUCCGCUACAUUGGUGUACUUGAUGAACUUACCGAGUGCCACUUGAAUGAUAUGCAUGUUGCUCUCAACCAAGCUCGGGUCCGAGUGGAUACGGCAUACUCCAAGCUCCAGAACACGGAAGGUUUAGCAGCUCAUUUGGAGACUCAGCUCGGUAUUGACAAACGGUGGGAGAUCGGAAGCGAACAUUACAAUAAAUUUCGAGAAGAAGCCUCACUCCUGAAGUAUCGUUCGGCGCUUGACGAUCUGGAGCGCCUUGUCAUCAUGCGCUUAUUUGAGUUAUCAAAACUUUCACUAUCUGGCACAGGGUACAAACUACGGCAGCAAAUUAGCAAAGCCCUCCAACGACGUUCUGAUGCUAUUUGGAAUGCCAUCAACCGUUACAACACCCAGGCCACUGCUUUGGUCCCCCCCCCCCGGCCGACACUGGCAUGGAAAGACAUUGUUGAAUAUAGCUUCCUUGGCGAGUUUGACCUCUUGCGGCACUCAUGUACUGACAUUCGUGAUCACGAUUGGACUGCGCCUGCUCAUCGUGAAGCCACCAUGAAAUACUUCAAGCUUCAACGCGCUCGUGAAGAAAUUCAGCAUCUCAAUGUUGAAGUCCAUCGUCUGUGCACAGCAAUUCAUGAUGAAGAAGUUAAAACCAUUGCAACCAUUCGUCGGCUCCUGGAGCUAGAUCACACGCUGGCACUGGAGUUGAAACAUCGUUAUCAAGCGCGUGCUGCAGUCAAUGCCAUGCAUCUGUUCCGAUUAGGUCAACUGGAGUCGCAGCGUAUGUUUUCAGGCAGACGGGGCAUUGGAAUCUCCACCGCUGGUAUUGACGGAGAAGGCCUCAAGAUUCAACUCGACUUGGAUGAUAUUAUAUCUUUUGAAUCAGAUGGUGGGAAUGACAUUGAGCAUGAGGAUCAAGCACGAAUUACAGAGGACUUUGCUAGUUAUCUACUUUCUACUACAGACUAG